AUGGGAGAGUAUAUUGUGAAGGUUGAGGAAGGAAGGGCGGCAGCCGACGGGAAGCCGUCGACUGGGCCCGUUUAUCGCUGCAUUUAUGCAAAGGAUGGGCUUCUGGAGAUUCCAGAUGGAUUGGAGUCGCCUUGGGAUUUUUUCAGAAAUUCUGUGGAAAGAUACCCAACAAACCGGAUGAUAGGUCGUCGUCAAAUUAUUGAUGGGAAGACAAAUGCGUACGUGUGGCAAACUUACAAACAAGUUUAUGAUGAUGCCCUCAAGAUUGGCUCUGCCAUCCGAGGCCGUGGCCUCAAUCCAGGUGAUAAGUGCGGCAUUUACGGAGCCAACUGCCCAGAAUGGAUUAUGGCAAUGCAGGCUUGCAAUAGUCACGCGAUAACUUACGUACCUUUAUACGAUACCCUUGGGCCAAAUGCUGUGGAAUUCAUAAUAAACCAUGCUGAAGUUUCCAUAGCCUUUGUUCAAGAAAGCAAGUUGCCAUCAGUAUGUGCUUUGUUAUUUAUUUCUCUCUUUUUAACCAUCGUCAGCUUCGGAAAAAUAUCUGACCAACAAAAGACGGCAGCCAGCGAAGUAGGAGUGGAUUGCUUCUCAUGGGAGGAAUUUUCACUGCUGGGAAAUAUGGAUAGUAACCUUCCCCCUAAAAACAAGAUUACGACUUGCACGAUUAUGUACACGAGUGGAACAACUGGUGAACCUAAAGGCGUCGUGCUAACUAAUGGCGCUUUCAUGGCACAAGUCUUGUCCAUUGAUCAACUUCUGAGAGAGAAUAACGAUGAGGCUAAAGACGAUGAUGUGUACUUUUCAUUCCUUCCACUAGCACACAUAUUCGAUCAAGUUAUCGAGACCUAUAUGAUUUACCGGGGUUCUUCCAUUGGAUAUUGGCAAGGGGAUGUUAAGUUUUUAAUCGAGGAUCUUCUUGUGCUAAGGCCGACUGUAUUUUGUGGAGUCCCAAGAGUCUUUGAGCGAAUAUACGCAGGCAUAAUGGACAAAAUUUCGGCCGGGGGAUUACUGAAGAAGUCUUUAUUCCAGCUUGCGUAUUACUAUAAACUAAGGAAUCUGCAGAAAGGAGUAAAGCAGGAUGAAGCAUCUCCUCUGUUUGACAAGCUGGUCUUUGAUAAGAUCAAACAAGGAUUUGGGGGACGCGUUCGUCUAAUAUUUUCUGGGGCGGCGCCUUUGCCUAAGCACAUUGAAGAGUUUCUGAGAGUUGCAUGUUGCUGCAUGUUUUCACAAGGAUACGGGCUUACAGAAAGCUGUGCUGGGUGUUUCGCCUCAUUAGGCAACGUGUACUCAAUGGUUGGCACGGUGGGAAUCCCUAUGCCGACUGUGGAGGCUCGACUAGAAUCCAUUCCCGAGAUGGGAUAUGAUGCCCUGUCUAGUGUCCCACGAGGUGAAAUUUGCAUUAGGGGCAACAUAUUAUUUUCUGGAUACUACAAACGCUCGGAUCUUACUCAGCAACAAGUCGUCGAUGGAUGGUUUCAUACAGGUGAUGUUGGGGAGUGGCAGCCUGAUGGAGUAAUGAAGAUCAUCGACAGGAAAAAGAAUAUUUUCAAGCUGUCGCAAGGGGAGUAUGUGGCUGUUGAAAGCAUCGAGAGCGUCUACUCUCAGUGCCCACUCGUAUCAUCUGUUUGGGUGUAUGGGGACAGUUUCGAGUCGUUUCUGGUGGCUGUGGUGGUGCCGGAGAUAAAGGCACUCGAAGAUUGGGCAGCUAAUAAUCAAGAGAAAGGCGAUUUUCAGUCUUUGUGUGGCAACACAAAGGCAAAAAAGCACAUUCUAGACGAGCUCAACAACACAGCUAAAAGACACGAUCUCCGAGGUUUCGAGAUGUUAAGAGGAGUUCACUUAGAACCACUUCCUUUCGACAUAAGUCGAGAUCUAAUCACCCCAACGUUUAAACUUAAGAGGCCUCAAUUAUACAAGUAUUAUAAGGACCACAUAGAUCAGCUUUACGCAGAAGCCAAGGGAACGAAGCAGUAA